GUGUAUUGAAUGCGUCCACACUGCUGGCAUGUGGCUUGGAUUAGAACAUUUCAAUGUGGCUUAAAAUCGUUGCGCGCUUGCUGGAAGAAAGGCAGUCGCACCAGCUGAGGCAGCAGGAGCUCAACGCCGGACUCAGGUAUUUCCAGAAUGUUCCAGCGGAUCCAGGGUCACAUCCAACCGAAGGUGCACCCGGGUCGCAAAAGCCGGCUGGUGACCAAAGAGGGGCGCUGCAAUAUCGAGUUUGGCAACAGGGAGACAGGAAACCACCUGCCUUACCUUGUGGACAUGUGGACCACCUUCGUGGAGAUCCGCUGGCGCUUCGUGCUGCUUCUGUUCGUUGCCUCCUUCAUGGGAAGCUGGUUCAUCUUCAGCCUGCUGUGGUACUGGAUCGCCCGGAGCAACGGCGACAUCUCGGCGUCUCACCGCAUCAACCGAACCAAGUGCAUCGCCAACGUCAACAGCUUGACCACGGCCUUCCUCUAUUCCCUGGAGACGCAGACCACCAUCGGGUACGGCGGGCGGGCCCCGACCGGAGAGUGCGCCGGCACGGUGGCGCUCAUCAUCCUGCAGUCCAUGGUGGGUGUCUUCAUCAACAGCUUCAUGUGCGGGAUCAUCCUGGCCAAAAUGUCUCUCCCCAAGAGACGGGCCAAGACGGUGAGCUUCAGCGACACGGCCGUCAUCUGCUUGAAGAACGGCAAACUCUGCCUUCAGAUCCGCGUGGCCAACCUCCGCAAGACGCUUCUGAUUGGGAGCCAGAUUUACGGAAAGCUCUUGAAGACCACCACCACCAUGGACGGCGAGACCCUGAUCCUGGACCAGCUAGACAUCCAUUUCACGGCAGACGCCGGCAAGGACAACCUCUUCUUCGUUUGUCCCCUGACGCUCUACCACGUGAUCGACGGGGCCAGUCCCUUCUACGAGCUCUCCGCAGACACGCUGCCCCAUCAGGACUUUGAGCUGGUGGUCUUCUUGGAUGGUACGGCAGAAUCCACCAGUUCCGUCUGCCAGGUGCGGACCUCUUACAUCCCACCGGAGAUCCAGUGGGGGCACAGCUUCCUGCCCAUCAUCUCGCGGACCAAGACGGGCAAGUAUUGCGUGGAUUUUUACAACUUUUCCAAAAGCGUGCGGGUGGCAACGCCGCACUGCGCCCAGUGCUUUGAGGACAAACCGGAGGCCAAGCACCAGGUCCACAAGCUGGACAAUGAGAAGAAUCAGCAGAAGAUGGGCAUCCACAACAUGGCAUUCCAAGUCACCGACAUUCAUGAGGUCGGGGACGUCACCAAAAUGUGAAUUGAGAUGAUUCUCAUAAAUGACAAUGGAAAAGGUCAAACGGGUCCAGGAAAAUCAGCACGGGUACCGUUUGUUCAGGUUGGAACCGGGUCCAGGGUCAGAUGACACAAGGAAGGUUCUUAACUGUCACCCCUGUCUGUUAAACAAGUGACUAGAUGAGUUAAAAAUAAAACCACAACGAACUUUGACCAAGUCGCGAGACAUUACAAAUUUACAUCCAUGGAUAUUUGUAGAGAAAUCUAAUAUGUAAAUAAAAUUUGUAAAACUAAUCAAAUGUCCCCAGCUGUCAUUUUGCGAAUUGAGAGUCCUCGAUUGGCAAAUUUUGGCAAAAACAACGUCAGACAUUUUAUGUGAGCGAAAGGCCUCCGUUGGAGCUUUGGCAUAACUGGCGCUCGUCCGGCUUGAGCUCAACUCUGAAGGACGUUGAAAGUCCACGGCAAUGAAAAGAGGCAUUAACAGUGAAUGGCACAGCGGGAACCUCUUGAGAAGAUUAACGUCUGAGUCAGUUUUAAUGAAAAACUACGCCGUGUGCGGGAGGGAAAAAAAAAUCCUAACGCUCUCGGGCCUUUUCGCACGUUCACGUUAUUGCCGUUAAAAUUAGCUACUGUGUUUGUGUGUGUGGGGGUGUGCUCAUGUGUAUGAUGUGGCUCUUUGCGAUGACACAGUAAAAAAUGUGGCUCUUAGUCUCUGACUGGUUGGCCACCCCUGAUCUGCCAUGUCAUCGUCAAAGGAAGCUGCAAACUCAAAAGGAUGCAGAUAAAGGGAAUCAUGUAUUGGCGUAUGUGGACUUGUGUGCAUAUUUAUCGACCAAUGCACAAAAACAUUGCCUUUGGUGCCGCUUUCCAGGGCAGGAACUUGGCUUAGUCACGAGUCCCAGGAGACAGCGCAUUUGGUUACUUGUCUGCUGUGCCGCAUUUGUCAGAAAGAGGAAGUUGGCGAUGGUACACUCCAAAGCAGCAGCAGUAGCAGCAACUCGGAUGUGUUUUUUUACAAUUGCCAAUGGAUCUGAAUAACUUUUUGAAGGUGUUGAUCCCUGUGAUGAUCGCUUCCUGCUUGCUCAUAUGCAUCAUUUGGUUCUUCAUCUACCUGUGCAGUAACGGUUGGUUUUUUUUUGGUGUCAUCAUCGAUGAGAUUGAGAUGUUGUCAGUGUUAGACGUAAUGAGUGUAUUGGAAUUCUAAUCAUCAUUGUAGGAUCAAACUAAUCUGAGUAGGAUUGUGUGUAAUCCGUAGUGCGGCGAACCCCACCAAAAACAUGAGCCGGUUAGUGUGAAAAAAAAAGACCCAGACCUCAGCUGGAGUUUUUGUUUUCCUCCCAGGAAUUCUGGUGCAACAUCCAAGCACGCUCUCGCCUUCCAAGCUAAACUUUCAUGCCCAUUUUCAGAUGUCGUGACAGGGCACUUUUCUGCUCGCUUUUUCUCCCUUAAACAAGAAGCAGCCGUGGAGUUUUAUUUCUCAACUCGACGUUCUGAUUAACUCUCAAUAUCAACAAUGUUUUUUGAAGUACCGAUACCACAAAGACUCCAAAGACAAGUAAUCCAAAUACAGUGAGCAAAUAUCAAGAACGGAAGCAGACUACUCCGCCAGUGCCUCCUCGCCACCAGUUCCUGUUGGCAGAGGUUCCCGAAGUGGAGCACGAGCUUGACAUGGCCGACCUUCUUAAGCAAAGGCAGACUUUGGACCCGAACAACUUUCAGGACUAUGACCAGAUCCCCUAUGAUCAGAUGGACUACGUGGAAGUGGAGGAGCAACACCAAGAACCGUAUUCUUUGGUUCCAUCGUACGAGGAUGUAGCGAAGCUGGCGGAAGAUGCCGCAGAUGACUAUGAUGAUGUCGAAGACAGUAACCAGGUCUAUGACGAUGUCAAUUGAGUCUCCGUUUGCGGCAGGGACUGAUGCUAGAUGGAGACCAAAGUGCAUUUUUUUAAAAUGAGGCCUAACUAAAAUGAGGCUUUUUUUUUUUUUUUGUUCAAGCGUGAGCUAAUGCAACAGUGUUAGCGUCACAAAGAUGCUAACGUCUGCCAACGUUUGUUGCAAGCCUGAAGGUUAUCUCUUAUUUUUUUAAAUGUUGGAUACAAGUUGGUUACGGUUAAACAUCAGAUGUUGAUCAAUAAUAAAGAAUGCAACUCCGUUCCCCUCAUCCGGGCUGGAAGUUGUCUUCAAAAAUGUGAA